AUGGUCGACGAUGCUGGCGACUCAGAGGCUCUCGGGGACGGGCUGCUGGGGUUCCCGCUUCCCUCGCCGCGGGUUCGCAUCCGGCCAUGGUGGUUUCCUGCGCAGGACUUGAGGAAUCCGCUGGUGUUCUUCCUGGAGGCGUGGCUGGCCGACUCGAUCUUUGGCCCAGACCGAGCCUUGGUUCCUGAAAUGGAGUGGAUGAGCCAGGCCCUGCUGAUGGUGGACGCUGUUGACACUGGGAACGUGGUCGAAGUCACGGUUUUCGCGCGGCCAGCAGUCCAGCGUCAGGUGAAGAGCGUGCUUCUGAGCCAGGCGUCAGUGCUCCGGGAGCAGCGCGCCCGAGCUGAGAAGAUGGAACAACUUGAGGAAUUCCUGAAGGCCCAUGCACCAGGUCCACAGGUGCCCCAGCAUCCUGUUACAUGA